UCCGGAAUUAGCCUUCUUUCUCUUCCGGUUGUCGUCUGUUCGUGUGGCAGAUACAACAGAGUCAAAAUGGCAAAGUCGAAGAACCACACAACUCACAACCAGUCUCGUAAAGCCCACAGAAAUGGAAUCAAGAAACCCAGAACUCAUCGUUUUGAGUCAUUGAAGGGGGUGGACCCCAAGUUUCUGAGGAAUAUGCGCUUUGCCAAGAAGCACAACAAGAAAGGCUUGAAGGCAGUGAGGAAAGCAAAGGCAGCAGCGGCCGCUGCAGCACCAGUCGCAGCAGCACCAGCCCCAGCCGCACCUUGAGCCGCUUUCUUGUCACACCCCCACACCUCUGUGUUACCAUCACAAUAAAGCGAUGCUUUAACAAA